AUGACGAAAGAAACGCCCACCGGUAUCACUGUGAUCAUUGUCGGCCUAGGAAUCGCCGGACUCACUGCCGCGAUCGAGUGUCAUCGACAAGGCCAUAAGGUGAUUGGAUUAGAGAAGAAAAGCACGGUGUAUCAACUUGGGAAUCACCUCGCUGAACGUCACGGCUGGAGUUGUCUAGGUGAUAUCAUUGGCCUCAGUGAAAAUGGUCUCAAUGUCUUUUCGCACUGGCCCACCACCAAUGGCUCCUCUAUCGCCUCAACCCUGGCAUCGCUCGGUAGCGAACUGGCUUCCGUGGAUAUUUUCAGUGAUGCUGGGGAAUUGAAAUACACCAUCCCAUUCGGCGCCGAUAGUCCAGUGGCGGGACAGUUUCUGCGUCGGUCGGACCUGGUCCAGGUGCUGUAUCAGUAUGCAACAACCGACCUCGGGUUGGACCUGAGGUAUGGGGUGAUGGUAGAGGAAUAUUGGGAGACAGCAACCAUGGCGGGCGUCCUUCUUCAGGGUGGAGAGAGAAUUAGCGGGCAGUGCGUGAUUGGGGCAGACGGGGCACAUAGUAAAGCACGCGCCAUCAUCACCGGCGAAACCCCGGCAGAGAGCGCCGCCGCUGUUGUGGAAACCGGGGGGGCAAUGUUUCGAUCGACGUUUGAUGCGAGUGCGGUCGCUACCGAUCCUGAUGCGCAGUGGGUAUUGCAGGGCGCGUCGACACAUGACCGCCAUGAGAUCUAUUUUGGAAAGGAUGUGACGAUUCUCAUGGGGACCAUUGGACAGGGGAAAUAUGAUCUGACCAAAGCCACCACCAACUGGGUCCAAACAGCAUCCCCCACUCCGGUCCUGAGAUACAUCCAAGACUGGGGCGUCGCUAAAAGACUCUCUGCCGUGAUCGGGAAGACACCGCAGGGCACCUGUUUCAAUCAUUCGUUGAUCACCAGGAAGCCGUUACGGACCUGGGUGUCGCGCCAGGCCCGAAUGAUUGUGAUCGGAGACGCAGCGCAUCAAUUUCUGCCACAUACUGGGCAGGGGGCCAACCAGGCUAUUGAGGACGCCGCCGUAUUGGCGAUUUGCUUGCGGCUGGCAUCGCUUUCGAAUGAUCCGAGUGGCUGCGAGGAAGAUGGUGUUCCGCUGGCGUUGCGUGUGAUGGAGAAGCUCAGGCAAGAUUUAGAUCAACCGUCCUUGUUGGAGCGGAUUCUGACCUCAACUUCCAGGCAUAAACGGGUUUCGCUGGUCCAACAAGGUUCCAUCGAAGCCCAGGAAGUCACUCUCGAAGCGGAUCUGGACCAUGGCACUUCUGCCGAUCGUUUUAACGCGAUCUCUCGUCCAGCUUGGAUCCAUUGCCACGAUUGCAUCAGUCACACCCAUCAGGAAUUCCAUCGAGCAGCAGAGGUGCUGACAAAGGGAGAUGGAAAUAGCAACGCAUAUAUUCCCACGAAUGCCCCUGUAGAUGGGGGGUUCCACGCCGAGGAUGAUUAUAUCUUGCUUGGGAAGGGGGGUGGACAGGGAGACGUGAAGCAGGAGAUAGUAUGA